AUGUUGACAUCAAGUGUCAAGAGUGCGAUUAUAAAGAAGAUUAAAGAGGCUAAAUAUUUUUCUGUGAUUCUUGAUUGCACCCCUGAUGCUAGUCACCAAGAGCAAAUGACUUUGAUAAUAAGAUGUGUAGAUGUUGCAAGUCGCCCAAUAAAAGUAGAAGAGUAUUUUUUGGAGUUUUUAAAUGUAGAAGAUACAUCGGGUUUGGGUCUUUUCAAUGAACUACAAGCUGCUCUAAGCUCUCUUGAUUUAGAUAUUGAUGAUGUGAGGGGGCAAGGUUAUGAUAAUGGUUCCAAUAUGAGAGGAAAACACCAAGGUGUUCAGAAAAGAGAAGAUGGAUUUAAUUAUGCUAUAAUUGAUACUAAAGAAAUUGCAAAUGAAAUGGGAAUUGAGUCUGUAUUUCCUGUGAAGCGUAGGGUUAUAAGAAAGAGACAUUUUGAUGAGAUUCCUGAUACAGAUAGAGAACAACAAUCAGCUCAAGAAGAUUUUUAG